GAAAUAUUUGACUCCAUAAAUACUCCCCAUUUCUCGCGCUCUGUAAAAAACCUGCCUUAAUCUCUUCUCUCCCUUUCCACCACCACCACCGGCGCCGGAAAACCUACCGACAAUGUCGUCUGAGAAGGAGAGAGACACUCACGUUUACCUAGCCAAGCUCGCUGAACAGGCCGAACGCUAUGAAGAAAUGAUAGAGAGUAUGAAGACACUUGCAAAACUGGGAAAUGAAUUGAAUGUGGAGGAGAGGAAUCUACUCUCUGUAGGGUACAAGAAUGUCAUAGGAGCUCGUAGAGCAUCCUGGCGUAUAAUGUCAUCGAUUGAGCAGAAGGAAGAAGCAAAGGGAAAUGAAAACAAUGUUAAACUCAUAAAGGGUUAUCGCCAGAAGGUAGAGGAUGAACUGGCCAAUAUCUGCAAUGAUAUUCUGUCAAUCAUUGAUAAGCAUCUGAUUCCCUCUUCUGGCUCAGGAGAAGCUACUGUCUUCUUUUACAAGAUGAAGGGAGACUAUUAUCGUUAUCUUGCUGAAUUCAAGACUGAUGAUGACAGGAAGGAAGCAUCUGAACAAUCACUCAAGGGCUAUGAGGCUGCUGCUGCAGCUGCAAGUACUGAUCUUCCUUCUACACACCCAAUCCGCUUAGGGCUUGCUCUCAACUUCUCUGUAUUCUACUAUGAAAUCAUGAAUUCUCCCGAUAAAGCUUGUCAAUUGGCUAAACAAGCUUUCGAUGAAGCGAUCGCUGAGUUGGACUCAUUGAGUGAGGAGUCAUAUAAAGACAGCACCUUAAUUAUGCAACUCUUAAGAGACAAUCUCACACUCUGGACCUCCGAUUUGCCUGAGGAUGCAGCAGCAGGUGAGGAGGGCAUAAAAGAUGAAGAGCCUAAGGUUGCAGAAGCUAAGCCUGAGUAAUACGAUGAAUUCCCAAUGGAGAUUGACUGUGUCGCGAUUUAAAUGCUCGAGAUAAUCAAUCAGUUUCCUUAAUUUUGGAGGGGAAAAAAGAAGUAAUAUGUCUUAAUUGUUGUUGCUAUUAUUAGAGUCAUGAUAUGUCUUAGUUAUUCUAAAUUUGAAUAUUAUAUAUAAGGGGAGGUUUUAUUGUCUAUGUUAUAUUUCAAUUAGAAGUUUAAGAUUGUUGUUAUUGAAUGAUUGAUGUUUAAAAUUGGAUGGUUAUAUAUUAUAUAGGGUGGGAAAAUUCCAUGUUAUUA